AUGGCACCCGUCGAUUCUUCACCGGUCUUACCUCUGGAUGGGAGGUUACCUAAAUUGAUUGCGUUCGAUUUGGAUUAUACGUUGUGGGAUGUGAGUGCUUCUUCACCUGCCAUCCAGAAAUUGGGCUCAGCUUUCGGACUUUAGGGGGAGAAGUAGCUUUGAGAGCUGCGAUGUGCGUGUAGGAAGUCUAGCUGAUGUCCUCGUUUCCUUCCUCGAGCAGUUCUGGGUCGACACACACGUGACGCCACCUUUGAAAAGGAGGAAUGAUUCGGACGUGUGAGUUUUCGGAUAUCGCUCAGGCGCUCGGAGGAUUCGGUUUCGGACCGAUGUCGAUCCGUCGGCUGGGAUGUGGCUUUGUCCAUUCAGGCUUCGCUCACUCGAUCCGCUUACGGGGAUCUCACAGUAAUUUGAUUUAUGAUAAGCAUGGCGAACGGAUCGGCUUUUAUUCCGAAGGUGAGCACCUUGCGCAGGGUUUUCUGCUGAGGCACAACUCACAGGGGCUUAGGCUAGGUGCUGCUUUCUUGAAACAGUGCCUUCAAUCCUACUGCAACUACACAAGGGUAGGAUCCACAUUGCCGCUGCUUCAAGAACGUCCGCACCAAGAGCGUGAGUAGCAGCCUCCCUUUCCUGCCGGGAUCCUCGGAGCGAGGAUCUUCACUUACCGCGCCUCCAUCGCCGAACCCCGUAUCGCGUAUCAGAGCUCGACAAGCCCUCACCGAGUUACUGGUCCCGGGCGAGCUCAACUCGGUCGUCGAUGAUCCGGCUUAUAGAGCCCCCAAGGCGGCUGAACCGCAGCUCAUUAGUUCGAUUAGAUUAUUCGGUACGUUCGGGCCUUCAGGCUGAGGUGUUGAAGGGAGACUCGGCGUUUGGUUGUACGCUUUGCUGAAGGUCUUUGAACCGCUGCUUUUUGGGUCGUGCAGAUACAAUGGAGAUAUAUCCAGGUCAGAUGGGUGUUUAUCUUUAUCGAGUCGGGUAGAACACGACUUGCUGACCUCGGUGCACGUUUCUUACGCAGGGUCGAAAAUCGCUCACUUUAAGGCUAUUCACGAAAAGACUGGUAUCCCUUACAACGAGAUGGUGGGUUGGGUACCAGACUACCGAGAAGCUACAAAGGAAUUGGAGGCUAAUACGAGCUUUCAACAUGCCUUCUUUAGGUCUUUUACGACGGUACGACCUCUAGAGGAGCUCCUCUCUCCUUGAAGCCCCUCUCCUCUGUUUGGCUGACUCAUUUUGCCUUUGGUGGACCCUUUGCUUGAUAGACGAGUCGCGGAAUCGAGAAGUGACCAAACUCGGGGUCACUUUCGUGUUGGUUCAGAAUGGGAUGACCAAGAAGUUGUUGGAAUCGGGGAUCGAGAGUUGGAGGAAGUUUGGUCUAUCGCCUUGGGGGAAAAUUGCGGCCGCGCGAGGAGGAGUACUUGGGACCUCGCCGGAUGGCUUUGGUAUAGAUUUCUCCAUAGACUAG